AAAGCCCUAUUGAACGUACUAGAAUCUUUCGGUGCUCAAUUGCAGGUGGUAUGCUUGCUUAGUUAUGCAUAUGCAUUAUAAAGCGGCUAUCGGUGUUGAGUGACUGUGUAUAAAACAUCUCUCGAGUUCGAUUUAUACCAGUAUAAAAUCCCACUAUCCCUCUUCUAAUGCCUACGAAGAAACUAGUGCUGAUCAUCGGUGCUACUGGCAUUCAAGGAAGGCCAUGUGUGUCUGCUAUGUUAGCACGACAAGAUGAUGGAAAACCCUCUCCUUACUCUGUAAGAGUGCUUACACGAUUUCCAACGAGCGAACAGGCACAAGGCCUUGCCUCUUUGGGUGCAGAAUUAUUCCAAGGCAGCUUUGAAACCCUAGAAACUGUCGCCUGCGCAAUGGAAGGGUGUUAUGGAGUCUUUGUGAAUACGGACACGUACUCUGUUGGCCAGCAGAAAGAGAUCUACCUUGCUAUCAAGAUGUUCGAACAAGCACACCGUGUCCAUCUCAUGAGACAUUUCAUCUGGAGUGGUCUAGAUUACGGUAGCAAGUUUGGCAAAUUCGAUCCAAAAUAUCAUACCGUACAUCUAGAUGGCAAAGGAAUUGUUAGCGAUUUUUUGAGGUCGCAGGAUUCGAUCCCCAGCGGAGACUUCUUAACGUGGUCCAUCGUAACGACUGGACCAUACAUUGAAAAUCUUGGGGGUGUGCUCCUUGGUCCGCUCGCAGAGCGCGAGAACGGCGCAGUACUUUUCGCUCUUCCUGUCGGAGAUGGGCAUGUCCCCUGCAUUAGUUUAGAGGACAUCGGUUGGUGGGUACGUUACACCUUCGACCACCGUUCCGAAACCUCGGGCCAAGAACUCAAAAUUGCGACGGAAAUGAUGACUAUGGACCAACUCGUCGAAACCUUUACGAAGGUGACGGGAAUUCCUGCAAUUCGCAAAAGAAUGUCAGUUGAGGAAUAUCUCGCUAGGUACCCUCAUACGAAUCGACCUAUUAUGAGAGGAGACUCAGGAGAGAAAGGCCCUACCAUAAGGGAAACGUAUGCUGGGAUGUUCAGAGUUUGGGGAGAUAAUCUUUUGACGAGGGACAUGGACUGGAUUCGUCGAGUCCAUCCCACUGGAUAUACGUUGGAGAGCUGGAUCAGGGAGAAGGGCUACGAUGGCACUCUUUCUCCCGGCCUUAGAUUUUUCGAGAGUAAGAAGUAAGCCAACUUUUGUGCAGUAAAUUGAUACCCCAUAGAUGCUACAAUGUACAUAGAUUCACGAUAUAAAUAAUGGGAGGUCGUAUUAGUCGUGUAAUUGGCAUUUUAGCCAGUGCCGCCUUGAGCGUCUUUCCUCUGUCUUCAUUGUUAAUUUGUAAUGUUCUGAGCAUAAUUUGGCACUUGGUGCUCCUGUAUUGUUUACCGCUCAUCGCGGUGGCUGGUGGAACUUCGCGGGACCAGUCCCCGGCAAGACGGACAUAUUUUCAAGAUAUCAUUGACACU